CACGCGAAUAUUUGCGCUACAUUGCCCAGAACAGGCAGCCAGAGUUGUUGGGCUUCGAUGCCAAUAGCGAGCCCAAAGCACCCGAGGCGGCAUUGGCUUACAUUGAAUGUCUAUUUGCUGAAAGCAGUUGACGGAUUACCAUGGCCAUAAAGUCUAUGUUUAUCUAUAGAUUCUAGUAUGUAUAUUCAAAAUUUAACUGGAUUGUUGGCAUCUCUGGGCAACUGAAUGCCCAUGCCAUGGCCAAUGAGUCACAGAAGGGCUGCACCUGCAGCUGUGCCAUCGGGCUGCACAUCUUCCUCAUCUCUCUGCUCUGCCUGCCGUUUGUAACGAUUAUUUCGGCGAUGUACUCCUUCUACAUUGGCACCCUCACCUGGUACAACAUGUUAAACUAUUACUGUGAGGAGAAGUCGUAUCUGCACAAGAUCUUCGUCACACCGAUGCUCUUCUUGGCCUAUCCGCUGGCCAUAGUACUGUGCACCUUUGGGUUGGGCCUUUACUCCGGUUUCCGGCAGUUGAGUCUGCAGUACAGCAGCUGGGUGAACGACAUCACGGACAUCGAGAAGGGUUUCUAUGGCUGGCUGUGUGGAUUCCUCCACAUGCCCGACUGUAGUCCCUACGAGGUGGUCAUACUAACCGAUAUCUGUGUGGCGCCGCAGGAUCCACAGCGUCUGCACAUAAACAAGCCCCGCCAAGAGCUAUCCAUGUAGAGGGGGAAAUCGUCGAAUGAGGGGUGCCAGUAAACGGUUUAAUUUAUAGGAUUUACUGGACCAGCGUCGGCGGUUUCGAUAUUUCGGCCAUGAGUGUGAUAUAAAAAACGUAAAAAGAAAUGAUAUAUCUCUGAAAAUCUACUCGUACGAGACACAAACUUAAGUUUCCUUUGGCCAAAUUUGUUCCUUUUACUUGUAUGCAAUUGCAGUUUUAGAGAACAGGAAUAUAUAGGUAUAUACACCACAUACCCCAUAGAUAUCAAAGCUAAACCAAACAUAAUCCAAGCCCUAUAGAGACUAGA